AUGGCUACACUGUCCUCGGCUAUUUGCACACGACCCAAAGCCGUUGUAUAUCGUGGUCCGGCGUCAUCGCCAGGCUGUCCCGAAGCCAUCGGCAAUCUUCUAGAGUCCUCAUCAUACCAUUUCAAAGUUGUAUACGCUGGUCCAAACGAACCAGUCGAUGUAACCGACGAAACGCUGCAGGGCGCCGCCAUCUACGCCCACGGAGGUGGACCAAAUUGGGAAAAGGCGUAUCGACAGACGAAGAAGUACCAAAGGACAAUUCAGAAGUUCGUUGGUAAUGGGGGACAUUACAUGGGCUUUUGUCUAGGCGCGUAUCUUGCUGGACCCAACGACGGAUAUGAUCUGCUGCCCAGAGGCGUGGAAACCGACCAGGAGAUUGAAAGACGAGGAGCGCAGGUCAAAGAAGAGGGUGACACGGUCAUUCAAGUCGAUUGGACCUUUAGUUCUGGGAAAACUGACAAGAAACGUUGGCUGUACUUCCAAGACGGCGUUGUCAUCAAAGGUCUGAGCGCAAAGACUCCCGGUCACGUUAUAGGGAGAUACUCUUUCAACGGUGAUGUGGCUUCUUCGGUCACACCGUAUGGUAAAGGUUGGGUUGGACUUGUUGGACCUCACCCUGAAGCUGACAAGACGUGGUAUGAAGACGCUGAGAUUGAGAAUCCGGAAGGCAUCAGACGGGAUGUUGGACAUGAUUUCAUCCAGUCAACUAUGAAUGGUGGUUCUGCAAAGGCGAAAGGGACAACCGGUUGA